UAAACAUUCUGAAGGAGUGCUUAGGCUAACUUUGCUGUCCUUCAGUUAAAUAAACUGACUGUAAACGAGUAUCAGCGUCGACCAUUAGAUUUUUAAUGUAUUUUAUAUUGUUCUGUGUUGUCUCUGCGUUCACAUUAUUAUCGAAAUGUCACUGUGUGAUCGAAAAAGAUGAAAAUCUGAACCACUGUGAUAUUCUGAGGCAGUGGCUUGAUCCCUCACCAGUGUCAGUGGAGGUCAACAAAAAGGGUUUCCAUAGGGAGGUGACAACCACAGUUAAAUUCAGAUCUGAAGAGCUCAAUGGUGUCAGGGUUUUGCUGGUUCAUAGAUGGCCCAGAGGUGUCUACGUUGAUCCAUAUCAACUUGCAUCCCUUAGUGAACAAAGUGAUUGGCAGAUAUUACUAGAUUCAGCCAUCGACCUUGAGGUUCCUGCUCACAAGGCUUCAGAGUUUGUCACCUAUGUGUAUCCUUCCUCCACUGGACCGAUUCCCAGACUACUAAAAGUAACAAUUCCAAUACACGGUCGCUACCACAAACCCUCUUUUGAUGGGGAAAUGUUUACAUCUGUUGACAUAGAAGUUCCAGAGCUGCUGCUGCGGACAGAAAAAUGCACACAGCUCGAUGGCUUAGAGCCUCACACUGCCGUAGAUGCACCAUGCACCGUCAGCAAUUCAAGCACCUGUUCGUGGGUUAAAAUCAAGCCUCAGCAGGAGCUCAAUCCAGUGAGUUUCCAGCUCCCAGUGGGUGACGGGUCUUUGGUGACACCUGUAUGUGGGGCAACUCUUCUUGUCACAAUGAUCUGCUGUGUGACACUGUCCAAAUAUAUGUGGAAACAUCAAAUCAUUUAAACAGUGCAAGGAUUGUUCUGGCAUGUUUUUUUUUAAAAUCAAUGUUAAUGAAAAAACUGACCAAGAAGAUGCCCUUUGGAUGUUGCUACCUUAUCUGCUGAAUUGUUGCAAACACAGGACCAUUUCAGAUGGGAAAGAAAUGCAGAUACCAAUAUAAUUCUCCCUCCAUUCCAGCCAUGUAGCUAUGUUUGUUUUGGUGAAUCCUGGAAUCUGUGCAAGCUUUUGUCCUGCUAUGACCUUGCUUUGGGAGGACGAUACUUCUUUAUUUAUUCAGUUUAACACACCUAAGUGAAGAACAUGUUUAACCAACGCAUAAUAAUCAAUUAAUUUGCUGUUUGGGGUAUUUGGUGGUAAUUGUCUGCACUGUGUUGAUUUUAUUUGGGGUUUUUUGUCCAUAAAAGGAGCUGUUAUUGCAAGCUAUAAUAAUAGCAUUAUAAGACUGUAGUAUACAGUAGUGCAAUCUGUAUUUUGACACUGAAUUAAUUGACAUUUUGGCAUAAACUGUGCACAAAAAGUAAGGAAAGUUGUAUUUGGUUGAUUAUUUUUUUGUUGUAACAGUGCUUCUUGGCAAUAAUUUUUUUUACCUUUGGAAAGCCUGUUUAUAUCCCAUUAAAUCCCCACAUAUCCCCACAUUUGUAAGGAAAACGCAUUUGUGUAUUGAGCAGCAGAGCCAAACAUGUGGAUUGCAGCCACAAAAAACUUGCCAAAUCUUCUCUGCCAAUCCCAAACAGGUGACAGCUUUUGGUGGAAGGAGUGUGCUGGUGUGGGGCAGCAUCUCCCUCAAUGGAAAAACAAGGCUUGUCAUCAAUGGAGGCAAUCACAAUGCAGAGAGACUUUGAGAUGACAUUCUGCAGCUAGUGGCAAAUACAUAUCUCCACAGUUUGGGACCUUUCCUCCACAGAGCAGGGUCUAUUAGAGACAGGAUGGACUGGCCUGCCUGCAGUCCUCCCUCAACCCCAUUGAACACUUGUGGGAACAGCUUGGGUGUGCUGUUUGUGCCAGAGUGACAGACACAACCACAUUGGUUGACUUGCAACAAAUGCUGAUUGAAGAAUGGGAUGCCAUCCCACACUAGUGUGACCAGCAUGAGGAGGAGGUGCCAGGCUGUUGUUCUUCCACAUGCUGCUGAGACCCCUGUUUGCUACUGUUUGAAUAAAUUGUUAAAUUGUCAAUAAGUUGGAUGGUUGAUGUUUUCUUCAACCUUCAACCAUCCAAUCCAAUAAACAACACCAAACGAGUCAAUAGCAGCUUAAGCCAUUUGGCAGUGGCAGAAAAGAUUUGGCAAGUUUUUCAUGGGCGCAACCCACAUACACAACUCUGCUGCUCAACCCACAGAUACAUUUUCCUUGCAAAUGUGGCACCAUUCAAGGAGAAAUAAACAGGUCUUCCAGCAGUAUGCAAUUUAUUGCUUAGAAGAAUUGUUACAGUGAGCCCCUGUGUCAACAUUUGGACAUUUGAUUUAUGGGUGACAGACUGCUCCAGUUCAUGCUGUCAGGAUAAACCAGGUUUUCUGUUCUUCAAACUGAUCUGUCUUGCCUCAUUACCAAUAUAAUUUUGUCUCCUGAA